UAGUACUACCCUACCUAACAAGGUACAACAGUAUGACUCACACCGUACGCUGUACAAUGUUGUAGUGCAGGUCAGUUAUGCAAUUGUGCAGGGCAGAUGUCAGGGGUCCUUCUUGGAUCACUGCACUGACUGGUACGGCAAAUCCAGAAUCCAUAGUAAGAACGAAUUCUAUGAUCAAUCGAAUCGCUGCCCGUGCAACCAGGACGAGAGGCAACUCCCGUGUGCCGGGUGUGCCGUAUUAACCGGAUCGUUGGCGUCAGACAAAAAGGCCUUUUUGCUUUCGAAACGCCGGGAACCUGGACGGGGAUAUCCCUGGGCACCUGCAGUCAAUACCUUAUCCGCUACGGUUAAUUUCAUGGUCUGACCAUACAUAAUAUUCAACCCACCCCAUAACCACGAGGGUAAGGUACCUGGGACUGCGCUGAAGCCUCCACUCAUACCGAACGACUUGCAUUGUCGUUCGUUUUCAGCCGGCGGGGCGAGCGAAAUGUGGUGCUAAAGAAUAAAUACAAUGACAGGGGAGGCAUGGCAUGGGUUUAUAGGGAAAUGCCAUCCUACCUCGAGUAUUUUGUGGCCGCUUCUUUUUAUACUAGGGAUUGCACUGGACAAAACUGGGGGGUGCCAGUGCUGUGUGCAUUUUUGGUUCUUUUUCUGUUUCGGGUUCUGAAGUUCCACGCCGCUGCUAUUAUCAUUUUCUUCUACGCUGAAGACAAGAGCUACGAGGUUGAGGCUCCUUAUCACGCCGAUUUGGUUACACAAUGGGCACCGAGGAAAAAGAACAGUCAGUGGCGGUUGGAGUAGUCAAGAAUGGAACCAAAACAGAGUCUAGGCGCCGGUCGACAUCCAGUAGUGUGGAAACGAUAGACGACACUGACGCCCGCGACCACGGGGGCGGUCAGCCAGCCGAUCUUGAAAAGGCCUUUUCCAAGAACGAGGACAACGAUGUCGGAGUGACUGUUACGGUAACGGCGGACCCGAAUGUCGUCGAUUGGGAUGGCCCUGAUGACCCUGAGAAUCCAUUGAACUGGACGCCGAGGAGGAAGUGGUUCAAUAUCCUUUUGUUGGCGGUCAUGACGACGUUAACUCCACUCGCUUCUUCAAUGUUUGCUCCCGGAGUUCCUCAGGUGAUGAAGGAAUUCCAUUCGACCAACAACGACCUCGGGUCCUUUGUGGUUUCGGUCUUUGUCCUGGGCUAUGCCUUUGGGCCUUUGCUCAUUGCCCCGCUAAGCGAGGUGUAUGGUCGUCUGCCGAUCUACCAUACCAAUACGUUUUUGUUCCUCGUUUUCAGUAUUGCCUGUGCCAGGUCGACUAGCCUUGGGAUGUUGAUUGGGUUUCGGUUCCUCGCUGGCGUUGCCGGAUCGUGUCCUUUGACUGUAGGUUCGGGGUCUAUUGCCGACACGUUUCGACAGGAGGAGCGCGGCAAGGCCAUGUCGGUGUGGACAUUUCCUAUCUUGUUUGGACCUACGCUCGGACCCGUCAUUGGAUCGUAUCUGUCUGCAGCGAGCGGCUGGCGAUGGGAUUUCUACCUGGUUGCUAUCUGCGCGGGCGUGUUGUUUGUAGCGGCACUGAUAUUCCAGCGCGAAACGUAUCCGCUGGUCGUUCUCGAACGAAAAGCCAGACGACUGCGAAAACAGACGGGCAAUGAAAAGCUCCGCUCGGCGUUGGGAUCCACAAGGUCCCCGGGCCAACUAUUGAUGUUGUCCAUUGUCCGACCGCUAAAGAUGCUGUUCUUGUCGCCCAUCGUGUUCGGCCUCUCUCUCUACCACAGCGUGACCUAUGGAUAUUUAUAUAUUCUGUUCACGACGCUCACCACGGUUUUCGAAGGCCAGUACGGCAUCAGUGCCAGCAAUGUCGGUCUGACCUAUCUCGGCAUGGGGGUAGGCCAAUUUGCUGGUCUUGUUCUCUUUGGCAUCUUCUCGGACAAACUCAUUCAGAGGAAAGGCAAAGCCAAGGGCGGAGAGUUGAAGCCGGAAUACCGGCUCCCGCUUUUGUGGCCCGGUGCCGUUGCUCUCCCUGUAGGCCUGAUCCUGUAUGGCUGGACCGCCCAGUACAAGGUGCAUUGGAUUGUGCCGAUUAUAGCCACCACUCUGUUGGGCGGCGCCACCACUUUCUGCUUCAUGCCCAUCGGUGUCUAUUUGGUCGACGCCUACACUUCCUACGCCGCCAGUGCUAUGGCGGCGAACACGGUGCUCCGCAGCAUCGGCGGCGCUUUCUUGCCCCUGGCUGGCCCGCGGAUGUAUGCCGCCUUGAAAUUGGGCUGGGGGAAUACUUUGCUCGCUUUCAUGGCGAUAGCAUUGACCCCGAUGAUUUGGUUGUUCACCAGAUAUGGAGAGAGGUUACGAACGCAUCCGAAGUUGCGCUUGAAUCUCUAGUUACAUACAUAUUGCAUUGUGUACAUCUCGGAUAAAAGCUGGGACCUUGCCGGUGGACACAUAUCGGGAUACGUUGGUCCACGUACAGUUCGACUUGAAACAAAUUAUACGAAGCGUUGUACCAG